AAAGUAGAGCUCCACUGUGAGAAGAACAACACAGCCAACAAAACCAAUGACAUCUCAGUGAAAAGACUGAUAGUCAGGAGAGGCCAGUCCUUCCUGGUCACCUUUGAACUCCAUGACCCCUCCAGGCCCACAACAGACUUACUGGAGCUGAUGGUGGAGACAGGGCCCCAGCCUUCGGAGAAAUUGAGGACCAGGUCAGUGUUCGGGCUACCUGAGGGCUGUGGGAAGGGUUCCUCCUGGAAGGUCAAGGUUCACCAGGGCUCAGUGCUCCCGGCGGGUUCAAUCACCCUGGAMAUCACCAGCCCAGCAGAYGCCCCAGUGGGAGAGUACAGCCUGUCUGUAAAGACCAGCGCCRCCRCCUCAGUGGGCAGCAGCCUGGGCAAGCUCCUUCUGCUGUUUAACCCCUGGUGCCAAGAGGACUGGGUGCAUCUACCUAAAGAGGAGGAGAGGCAGGAGUAUGUGUGAGAGAACAAGGCCUGGUGUACAGAGGUUCUGAGAAAUACAUCAGCUCUAUGGCGUGGAACUUGGACAGUUUGAAGACGAUAUAGUGGACAUUGCCUGAGCUGCUUGACGUGAAUCCCAAGUGUCUGAGUGACCCCGCCAAGGACUUCUCUGCUCGUUGCAACCCCAUCUAUGUCAGUAGGGUGGUCAG